UUAGUAUUUGUAAUGUUUUAGUAUUUUCGUAUUCAUAGUAUCACAGUCACACUGUGUCUAUUGACAAUGCCGCUUGGAAACGCUGGCCGAAUUGCUGUUUGUUGGGCAUUUUUAACCGUUGGUGGUGUUUACGCUUUUGUCUUGUCAAAAAGAUCAGUCGAAGACCGAAGGAUUGAGAACUUACGUGUGAGAGAGCGCAUGAGAAAGGCAAACCACGGUGAAUACGAUCACACUAUUUCCGUCAGGCGUUUUGACUAG